UUUGCCUGUCCAGCACAGAGGUGGUGUUGGGCUUUGGGAAAUAUCCUGGGUGAGACCUAAGGAACAGCUUUGUGUUUGCAGCUGGUGUAUCCCAGUUUUGCUCUUGUGUCCCUUCUCCCAGUCCAGCCCUUCCAGAGGCUCCUGGAGCAGGAGGCUGGGGCUGCCCAGCAGGGCAUGAAUGAGAGCUGCUCUGCUGCCUGCUGCUCCCCCUCCUUCUCCCACCUCCUCUCCUCCAAGCUCGGCCCCUCUCCCUUGCUCCAGCUGGAGCCACAGGUUUAUCUGGAGGCGAGGAGUCUCUGCUCUGUAAGCUGAGAGCCAGGAGGAGGAGGAGGGAUCUGCUGGACCCCGGAGGAGAAAGGGUUUGGCUGCCUGGAGGAAAGGGAAAGAGGCAGAGCCUGGGCACCAUGGCUGGAAUCUCUGCUCUUGGGCUCCUCUCCCUGUGUCAGCUCUUGGCCACAGCAUCAGCUCAGUCCCUUCCAAGAAUUGGACCACAAGGCCCUCCUGGACCACCAGGACCCCCUGGACCAUCUGGCAAGGACGGCAUUGAUGGAGAGCCAGGCCCUCCUGGUUUGCCAGGCCCACCAGGGCCAAAAGGUGCACCAGGGAAGCCUGGAGCUGCAGGUGAAGCUGGAUUGCCUGGUCUUCCUGGAGUGGAUGGUUUAACAGGAACUGAUGGCCCCCCUGGCCCAAAUGGGCCUCCAGGAGACCGUGGUGCAUUAGGACCCGCUGGGCCACCUGGACCAGCUGGCAAAGGACUACCAGGACCUCCAGGGCCUCCAGGACCCAGUGGGCUCCCAGGGGGACAAGGAUUUCGGGGCCCUUCUGGACCUUUUGGUCUGCCAGGAUUCCCAGGGCCUCCUGGACCACCUGGGCCUCCUGGUCUUCCAGGUGCCCUUCCUGAUGGUGGUGGGGACCUUCAGUGCCCAGCUCUGUGCCCACCAGGUCCCCCAGGCCCCCCAGGAAUGCCAGGCUUCAAGGGACACACUGGUCACAAAGGAGAGCCUGGUGAAGUAGGAAAACAAGGAGAAAAGGGUAACCCUGGCCCUCCUGGCCCUCCAGGGAUUCCCGGCAGUGUUGGCCUGCAGGGCCCAAGAGGACUGAGAGGCCUCCCUGGUCCAAUGGGUCCAGCUGGCGACAGAGGUGACAUUGGAUUCAGGGGCCCUCCUGGAAUCCCAGGACCUCCAGGGAAAGCUGGAGACCAAGGGACCAAAGGACCUCAGGGGUUCCGGGGGCCCAAAGGUGACACUGGUAAACCUGGACCAAAAGGAAACCCAGGGGCUCGUGGGCUCAUAGGAGAACCUGGAAUGCCUGGCAAGGACGGGCGGGAUGGAGCUCCUGGACUCGAUGGUGAGAAGGGUGACUCAGCUCCCAUGGGUGCUCCUGGAGAGAAGGGGCCAAAUGGACUUCCUGGUCUGCCUGGAAGAGCAGGUAUUAAAGGCUCAAAGGGUGAACCAGGCAGCCCUGGAGAGAUGGGAGAGGCAGGUCCCUCUGGAGAGCCAGGCAUCCCUGGCGAUGUUGGCAUCCCUGGUGAGAGAGGUCUGCCAGGACCCAGAGGAGCAACUGGACCACUCGGCCUCCAAGGUCCCAUAGGAGCCCGUGGUGUCCGAGGUUUCCAGGGGCCCAAAGGUGCCAGCGGUGAGCCUGGCCUUCCUGGCCCGACUGGGAUCCGUGGAGAGACGGGAGACAGGGGUCCUCUUGGUGCUCCAGGUCCCAAGGGGAACCAGGGCAUUGCUGGAGCAGAUGGCCUCCCAGGUGACAAAGGAGAGCUGGGUCCCUUUGGACCUCCUGGCCAAAAAGGAGAGCCAGGAAAAAGAGGAGAACUUGGUCCAAAAGGUGUCCAAGGACCUAACGGGACAGCUGGAGCACCAGGGAUCCCAGGACAUCCAGGACCCAUGGGUCACCAGGGGGAGAGGGGUGUCCCUGGCAUCACAGGAAAACCUGGACCCCCUGGCAAAGAGGCCAGUGAACAACAUAUCAGAGAACUCUGUGGGGAAAUGAUAAAUGAGCAAAUUGCACUGUUGGCUGCUAACCUGAGGAAGCCCUUGGCUCCUGGAAUGACGGGACGGCCUGGCCCAGCUGGGCCCCCAGGCCCUCCUGGGAGCACGGGGAGUGUUGGGCAUCCUGGUCCUCGUGGGCCCCCUGGCUACAGAGGGCCAACAGGAGAGCUUGGUGAUCCUGGACCCAGAGGUGACCCUGGUGAAAAGGGAGACAAAGGACCUGUGGGCCAAGGCAUCGAUGGGCCUGAUGGUGACCAAGGGCUGCAGGGACCACCUGGUGUGCCUGGAAUUACUAAAAAUGGCCGUGAUGGUGCUCAGGGUGAACCCGGGCUGCCAGGGGAUCCUGGGACUCCUGGCACUGUUGGGGCUCAGGGAACUCCAGGAAUAUGUGACACGUCGGCUUGCAUGGGAGCUGUCGCAGCAUCAACUUCCAAAAAAUCAUAA